UCAGCGAGACAUGUCAAAAUGCGAGUCGUGUUGACAAUUGGAUUUGAGGUUACGCUCAAAUCGAUGUGCUAAGAAGGAUUGAAGUUUUAAGGCGGAAGUUAAUUCAAUAAUAUAAAUAAAUUGUUUGAAAAAAUGUUGGCUCGAAUAGUAAAAUCAGUUCAAACAGGGAGUGUUGCAUUGCGACAAUAUCCACGUGCAGCAGUCUAUGUACAAAUCAAACACUUCAGUGAUAAAGCCGAUAAUGAAACAGUAACCAAUAGCUCAAGUGAAGAAAAAUUAAGCGAUAAAUUGGGCUCAUUUGCGAAAGCAUUCAAAGAAUUUGAACAAAUCAAUGAGAAGAAGGAUGAAACGCCCGUCCAUACUGUACCAUUUAAGAAGCUGCUGAGACAAUCAAAACUCGUCGAUCUGGGUGACCCAUUGAAUAAAAUUGUGUCAGGGAAGAUUGUGCAUACGGUUGGCGAUGAUUUGUACAUUGAUUUCGGAUGGAAGUUCAAUUGUGUGUGCGUUCGACCAGGAAAGAAUGGAGAAUUAUACGUGCGAAACGCUAAAGUGAAACUCCAAAUCAAAGAGCUUGAGUUGUCAUCACGAUUUUUGGGUGAAGACAAGGAUUUAACCAUUUUAGAAGCCGAUUGUAAAUUGCUUGGUCUAAUUUCAUCGCCAAAAUCACAAAAGAAGACGCUGUCAUCGUUUUAAAAUAAUUGAAUAAUUGAUUAGGAAUAAAAAAAAAAUUAUGUACAAAAAA